GUUGAUACCAAGCAGAUUGGGGUGAGGUGGAUGGAUGCUUGGAUGGACGAACAAGGGCAGAGGGAGAAGAAAUUGAGUAAAUUUACUGUGGGGUUUCUUGAGAGGGUAUUGUGCGGGUAUUGGAAAUUGGAGCUAGGUUCUCGGGGUGAGAAUGCGACAGGACGAAGCUGUGCGGAGACGCUACCUCCGUUUAUACACCAAGCUCAGGUGAGGCAAGAUAGUGCAGAUGUUGUGCAGGCUUUGACAACUAGCAGAGAACUUGUCAAAAUGUGGCAGGAUUGUCAAGAACCUGAAGUUCGACAGCAUAUCCUAUUGAGUGUGAGAGGGGAAAUGGAUGGGCUUAUACGAGAGUAUCCUAGACUUGACUCCAUUCGUCUCCUAGUCUCAUUCCAAUCUUUCCUUGUUUACAUCCUGAUGGUACAUCUCUCUCCACCCCUAGGCGCUCCUUCCUCUCUCGUUUCCGGUGAUACGGUACUUCAGCUUCAAGAAUUCGCGAGUCAUGUAAGUAGCGCCGGUCUCUUCUCUCAGGCAGAACUCCAGCAUAAGCGUCCGAAAUGGGAAUCCUGGAUCAUUGCGGAAGCCAAGAGAAGGACAAUCUAUGUUACCUACCUUUUCAACAAUCUAUAUCAAGCUCAGCAUGGUAUGCCAAUCUUCUUGGCAGAGGAGCUUUCGGGUAUGCUUCUUCCAGCAACGAAAAAAUUGUGGGAAGCGCAAAAGAGGGAGGAGUGGGAAAGGGAGUAUGAAAAGCACUUGGAGAAGUGGCCAAAUGGAUAUCUGAAGAUCUCGGAACUUUGGUCCAUGGAAGGUAUUCCUGAAGAGGAGAAACAGUGGAGAAAGAAGAAGGUAGAAAUGUGGCUUGAGGAUGUAGAUGACUUUGGGAUGAUGCUAUUCGCGACAUGUGCCCAUAUACAUGGUUGUUGA